AGCUAGGAGGCGUAUUUCAAUGAAUUUAGUUAAAGACACACCCAGUUUUGUGUAAGACACAGUUAGCAGCUGGCUGGAGAAAUGGCUACAUUCAGUGGAGGUUAUGAUAACGAUUUUGCAGAUCAACCCCCCAAAUCUUUGGAGUGUUCAAUAUGCCUGUUGACGCUACGAAACCCCAUGGUUAUCAGUUGCUGUGGUAACCAUUAUUGUGAAGCUUGCAUUGGUCGAAUCACUAACAACAGAAAGCCUUGUCCUCUCUGCAAUUCUCCAGACUUCACGACAUUUCUCCACAAGGGUGUGGCCCGAGAGGUGAAUGCCCUGAGGGUGUAUUGUCUCAAGAAGGCCCAGGGCUGUGACUGGCAAGGGGAGCUAGGACAAGUGGACCGCCACCUCAACCCCGCGGCUAACUCUAGGGGAUGUGGCUUUGUCUUGGUUGAAUGUAAGUACAGGUGCGGGGAAAAGUUUGAGCGACGAGCGAUUGCUUCUCAUGAGGCUGACAAUUGUGCUAAGCGACCAAUCGAAAUGCAGAUGGCUUUUCUUGCUAGAAGAUUAGAGAUGCUAGCUACCGAGAAUAGAGACAUUAAAACUAAAAUGACAGUACUCGAUGCUGAGGUUUCAACACUAAAAUCUGAGAAUACGUCACUGAAACAGCAAAUAGAAGCUCGACCACUACCACCAGUACCGCCGUUCUACUUUACCAUGGAUAAUUAUCAGCAGUGCAAGGAGGAAAGCCGUACAAUAACGAGCCCACCAUUUUAUUCUCACCCUAAAGGCUACAAAAUGCGCUUAGAUAUAUACACAAACGGAUUCAUGAGUGCACUAAAUACACACGUGACAUUGUUUAUUUUCAUAUUGAGAGGGGAAUUUGAUGGCAUACUUCAGUGGCCAUUCACAGGAAGAGUCACCAUAGAUAUGUACAACAUCAAGUUAAAGCAAUGGACUCAAACACGAGUGGUCGAUUUUAAGGAUACUCCAGUUGAGAGAAAAUGUGAUCGUUUAACAAGUGGUAGUUGUGGCUAUAACAUCACACAAGACCAAGUUGCAGAGUGCGUGAUCAAAGAUGGAACUCAUCAUACUCAUGCCUGUUUUCGAAUCAUAGAGCAUAGAAAAUAGAGGGAUGUGUGAAGGUGGACAGGGAGAGACGACCCGAGAGGAAGGCGGAGCUUUGUGGCUUCCUCAUACGAUUGGACUGGAUCAUCACAAAGUUCUCCUUCUGAAACGGCAUGCUCAGACUGCAAUAUUCCCAGGUCGGUUAUGCCUCCUUCAGUCUGUCGGAAGAGUCUGGACUUGGCAUGGAGGCCGGGGUACGAGGCAAGCUCCUCAAAUGAAUUGCUGUCCAGAACCUGUGAAGGGUGCGAAUAUUUAGGUUUGAUAUCGGACGUUCCUAACUCAAGUUAUGGCCUCUCAAACAGAACCAGUGGCAAUAAAGCCAUCGAUAUCGUCUACGACGAUCCUGUUGACAGCGGAGCUAUGAACAGUUAGACUCUGUAACAGACACAUUUGCCGAAGGUCGAAUAUGAGCACUUCUCCUCGUCUGUCACCACAAAAC